UUGCAGCUGGCGCCGGCCGGCCUGCUGCCCAGCAGCCCGCUUCUCCAGGACCUGAUCUGCUAUGGGAAAACCCAGCGUGCCGGCUCCGAGCGCUCAGCUCUGAGCCGGGCCUUUGAUCUCCCCAAGAGGUAUUUUUCACAUUUCUACAUCGUCUCUGUGAUAUGGAACAGCUUCCUGCUUUGGUGCCUUAUUCGGUGUCUGUUCCUGGGAGCAUCUUUUCCAAACUGGCUUUAUAGCUUGCUCAGAAUUCUUGGGGCUGCCCAGUUCCAAGGUGGCGAGCUGGCACUGUCCGCCCUCUUUGUCCUGGUGUUUGUGUGGCUGCACAGCUUGCGAAGGCUCUUCGAGUGUGUCCAUGUCAGCGUCUUCUCCAACACCAUGAUAAACGCCAUGCAAUACUGUUUCGGGCUUGUUUACUACAUCCUCGUCGGCCUCACGGUCCUGAGCCAAGUGCCGCUGGACGGCAGGAAUGUCUAUGUCACUGGGAGCAGUCUACUGAUGCAAGCGCGGUGGUUCCACAUCCUGGGGAUGCUGAUGUUCUUCUGGUCCUCUGCCCAUCAUUAUAAGUGCCACGUCAUUCUCAGCAAUCUCAGGAAAAACAAAGCAGGGGUGGUCAUUCACAGUAACCACAGAAUUCCUUCCGGAGACUGGUUCGAGUACGUUUCCUCCCCACACCAUUUGGCGGAACUGAUGAUCUACCUUUCCUUGGCCGUCACCUUCGGCUUCCGCAACGUGACCUGGUGGCUGGUGGUAGCGUACGUCCUCUUCAGCCAAGCGCUCAAUGCUCUCCUCAACCACAGAUACUACAAGAGCACAUUUGUCUCCUAUCCAAAGCACAGGAAGGCAUUCCUGCCGUUUUUAUUCUAAGACAAGCUCAGCCGCGGGGAACAGGAACUGAGUGACAGAUAUCAGUCCUAAGGAUCAGGACACCUAGGGACCGAAACACAGCGUCCUUGGAAACCCUCUGUCCUCUGUUCGUACCCCAAAGUCUUGCUGGGGCGAAUAAAACCAUAGCCCUCACGAAAUGAA